AUGAGGACGUUGGAGAGUGCGCCGUCGAGAAAAAGGCGGGGACUGUUCGCGGUGGUGGUGAGUGGUGGCGAGUUGGGUGGUGCCGAGGGGGUGGAGAUGACAGAGUUAUCAGUGGCGUUGCGAUCCUGGGAAACACCAAACGAGGAGGUAUUUUGGGACGAGGGGGCGGAGUUGGAAUGGGGCGCUGAGGCGUUGGAAUUGGAGAAGAGUUCGGGACGGAGUUUAGCGCGAGUUGAUGGGGGAAAAAAACCAAGUGGAAGAGAUCACGAACUAGCGGAAGGGAAGUUGAAGAGACUGUGUAAGGGGAUGACGUUCGUCGGUUUAGCUUUUGGUUUGGUGACGACGGGGUACCUAGUUGCGGCUGUGUUUGCAACGCCUGAGAUGGGUCAUCCGACGGAAGUGUGUACACAGUGGGGUAACAAGACAGGUAACUUUACUUUCACGAUACAGACACUGCCUGAUGUGUGUCAUGGUGGUUCUGGAGGUCUUGUAUGUGCCCAUGAUGCGGUUGACAUGCGUAUGGGUUGCCACGUCUUCGGAGACCGGCAUGCGAUGCUGUCGCUUUGGAAACGUCUGACGAAGCGGCCAGAUGUGAUAGGUUGCCAAAUCUAUUGCGGCAAACUACUGAACGUCGCCACACAUCCCACUUAUCAACACUCGGAUGAAAGCUUCAACGACCUGGCCAGAGAGGUGGCCAGGGAGGUCUUUCCGCGACUCCGAGACCCCGACUGCUCCUUCCAGCGACUUGGAACACCCAACUCGUCCCAACCAGAGGAGGAUGUUUCUGAACGCCUCAAACUACAGGACUGCUUUUGCGAAUUCGCUUCCGCAAGCUGUCAGACCUCUGCGGACGGAGUUGAAUACGCAGAGUCCACGCAAGCCUUCCGCACACGUGUGCUCGAUCUUCUUAACGAACACAAUCAAGGCAACUGCACGUACCUCUGCUACAAAGCACCCCACAGAUAG